AUGUUCACUGAAUGUGCGAUUUGUCUGAUCACUGCUGCAUUGAUCUUUGCUUUCAUCGUGCUGCAGUACAAUUGCAGGAACUGUCACGCGAAGCAAGAGCUGAUAAAGAUAACACACAGUGUUGAGGAUAUAGCGAAACAUUUAAAAACCAUCCAAGAGAACUACCAACUUAUAGAAAACAGACUCGCGUUAUAUUCCAAAGAAAUACCGAAGCUGGAGAAGCAGAUGUCUUCUUUGGAGUCACUGGCGAAAGCUAUAGACUACAACAGAUUCGGUUGGAACCCCAGGGUCCACGCUGUGUUACCCUACGUCGACGUAAAUUUGAAUCAUUUCAACCCUACUCGGAUCUCGGGAAAUUUAACGAAAUUUAAUAGUAAACAGAAUCUCAAAAGGAGUAAGAAAUUAUUGUAG